AUGGCUGGCCAAAUUCGUGCGCAACUCCCCUUUGGGCACCAUGAUUAUCGUUCAGAUGAAGAUGAUGACGCCGCAGUUGGGAUAUCCGAUGCGGACCGUAAAAAUGAAGAUACUCCCGAGCUCCGGGUGAUCCGUGGAUAUGAAUCUGUCGCCGAUGCCCCUAGGAGCGCCGAUAUUGGCGAAGUCAAACUGCUCUAUGAAGCGAAACGUAUGCAGGGGCGAUGGCUGAAAAAUGCGUUUCCCGAGGUCGCCAUGGGCGACCCCUACGUAUCCAGUCUCCUCGCGGAAGCCGCUGUGGACCCCGCCCUGACCGGCGAUCUCCCGUCGUACCGCCCGCAAGUGGUCGCCGGCGAGAUUUCCCGCCUUGAGAGCUGGCCGCAAGGCUUGCCUGCCGUCCCCGUCCCCGUCCUGGCCAUGACGACGGGGGAAGGUGGCCAGAUCCUGCGCCUGAUGCGCAUCACCGACUCCUUCUGGACGUGGGGCUCUGACGCAGAUGUGGCCCUGCAGAUGUGGAGCCCGAAGCCGGAUGAUCAGGAGGAUGAGUCGUACUGGUGUAGGAGUGCGGCCCCCAUCACACAUGUCAAGUUUGCCCACCACAUGGGCAAGACGGCGCCACUGCGAUGGCUCAUUGUCCAGAAAGACACAUCCACGACGAUCCUUAGCCCGACCUACCAUUCGGUGCCAGUGGCAUAUCAAGAUUCGGCUCUCGAGGAAUUGCCCCUUGCCAUCAUAGAUACGCUUGGCUACUGGAGCAUCUGGAAUAUCAAAAUUAGCACCGUGUCGAGCAAGAUCCACGCUCAGGCUACCCUAUACAAGCGCGGCCAUCCUUCUUGGGAUACCCCUCUUCACGGAGGGGAGUUCGGCACCCUCUGGUAUCAUCCGCCUCCUCUCGAAGAGUGGGACUUUAGUCAACAAGCCCCGGAAAAUCCUACCGAAGACAUCGGCAUCGGUGGUGCGGUCCCCUACCUUCUUGACACGGAUAGAAAUUUCGUCUUCGCCGCCGUCCCCAUUACGGCGCGUUCGGCGAGCCAAGAGACUAUCCUGGACGUGGUCCCGAACCCCGCGGAUCUGAGCCAAGUAUUUGUCCUCACCACCGCCUCCCUAAUAUGUCUCGACAUUUGCCCAUCGGGCGAGAUAGCGCGCGAGGUACAGCCCGAGAUCAUCCAGGCGUUUUUGCACGGGCACCCUAAAAACAUGACGCUUCGAAUGUCGGCCACUUGCAUGCCGAACAUCGCAGAUGGAGGUAGUAUCAUGAUAAUUAUCUUCCCUUGCAAAAGCUCGCAGGUGGAUAUCUUUUGGUUCUAUGGUACUCCAGAUUCACCUAGCCCGGGGCAGUGCUCGUAUCAGACAUUAGACCUCGAGGGCGAACAGGAUACGGAGCUCGACAAUCUACGCGAGCUCGUUGUCUUGCCGCUCGACAUCUCAAGAGGGAAACAACCCAUCGGGUCAGAAAUGGAGGCCUUGUUCGAUGAGUCCGAACUUCAAUUCCACCAGCUCAUCUCGUAUGGAAGGCGGCAGAGUCUAGGUUACUGGAUAUGUUUGACUGCUAAGCGCGGGUUAUAUGAAGUCACAGCGCCCACGGCACGAAGCGAGAAGGAGAUAAAGAAGCACGAAUCCCUGUUGGCGAAAAGGAGAACGCGGUACCUAAACUACAUGGGAGACAAGUUCGCAGUCCCGGAUGCCCUGACAAACCCCGAGACAGCCGUGGGGCUGCCGAUCAUCAGGAGAGAUGUCCGCAUCGAGGUUUUGCAUGCUAACUGUGACCGAUACCCAUCCGGAUCCCCGUGGCAAGUUGGCGAUGACAUUCAGCAAAAACUGGCCGCCAUGAAAAGAUGGAUGGCCGCGAAUUGGUCAACCCCUGAAGAUGACGAACCAGAAGAGCCGGUCCGGAUACACCAGGAGGUCUUGGAGCAUACGGCACGGCUCGAGCUGCUCUCGUACCACUUAAUCGGGAUGAACCCGUCGUAUGAACACUCUCCGGCCAUGUCCCUCCCUCCAUCCUCUUCUGCAGGGUACCCCGGCUCGUCGCAGGAUAUACACUCGGAGUGGACACUUCCAGUCUUCUCCCAGGAGCCUUUGGUGCCAAAAUUUCCCGCUUCAAGCCAGAGCGCAAAAGACAAGGGGAAAGCGACCGCCCAGGCGGAGGAGAGCCUCGCGGCCAUCGACCGCCUGGCCAAACUCGCCAUCAGCAUCGAUAGAGAUUCGGAGCUUGCACGGGCACCGCAGAGCACCGUCCUCUCCAGGUGGGAAGAUGCUGCCCACGAUGACUACGUCCCCUUUGUCCAGCUCGGCUCAAAAGCGAAACAGUCCCGGCUGCAGAAGAAGAAGGACAAGAUGCACUCGCAGCUACCGCACGCGCAGACCCAGGUGCCGGCGUCGUCGCAGGCGAUGCCCGCGUUUAGUCAAGUGCAGAUGCCCAUGAGGCUGAGGGAGGGAGAACCGUCGAGUAGCCAGGCUACGGGACCAGGGAUGGGAUUUACAAUGUCCCAACCUGUGAGUGGCGCGUUUGGGCAGCGGGGCCCCGUAAAGAAGAAGAAGAAGAAAGCCGGUGGCAUUAAGUAG